CAUAUCAGUGCGUGUUUACACCAAGAUGAGUUUCCCUAGAACGGCUUCAUGCGUGCUGAUAGCUCUGUUAUCAUUGGUUUUUAUUAUUAACGUUGAUGGAGGACACAAAAAGGCGCCGAAGACCACCUCAAGUCCACAAAAUGCAACCCGAGAAAGAAAAAGCUACAUUGCUCCUGACUACGGAAUGGAUUAUUAUGACUAUCCAGAGGAUCUUUUCCUAAAUGAAACAUACAAUGGCACCUACGGACUGGGAGCUUACUAUAAUGGCUAUUACGGUGACUAUUAUGGACCUUAUGCAUAUCCAGAAUUGUAUGAAUAUUACGACGCAUUCGAUGGCAACAGCACCAAAAUUGAGAAGUCCUCCAUUACAAUGGAUAACGAAGAAAAAGGAACGAGAAAACCACAAACCAGAAGGUCGAGACGCAAAUCUAGAUCGUUGCCAGAGGAAAGUAAAAUGAAGCCCCUAUGUGUGAUGAAUCUGUUAAAUGCGACGAAUUUUUUCGGCAAAUAUAUUCGCCAUAUUUUCGAGUGCAAAGAUAAGGAAAUCAAGCAUUUCGCAUGUUUUGAUUCUGAAGGAUUUAUAAAACCUUGUUACUUGCUGAAAGAUAAAAUGGAGCCUGAAAUGCCUCUGUGCGCAUUGAAUGAAAAUGCUUCUUAUGUUACGACUUGCAACUCUACAAAACCUCAGAGCAUUUGCUUUAAAGAUAUAAAACAGAUGAAUAGAAUAUCCGUAUGCAAUGAUACGAAGAGAAGAGUAUGUUUUGAUGGAGGACUGACACUCUGCAGUAACCAAGAGAAAAAGCGAGAAGUACGAGCAAUCGACGUUGUAAACUGCCACAAUUGCGAAGUAGAUGUAAAAAUGGUAGUCGACGAAACGGAUAAUUCUCCUCCCAAAAUUCAGAUUAAUGUGACUAGUUUGGAUACUUUAGGUAAAUAUGCGAAUCUAAUGGAUACUUACGAACCUGAGUUUGAUAAAUGAGAUUUCAAUAAAAAAUAGAGACAUUUUCGAAGAAAAAUAUUCAGAAAUAAAAUAUGUUCUUAAUAAUACUAAUAAUCUCUAUGUAUAAUUUAGUGGACAA